AUCAUGAGGCCGGGAGUCUUGGCCGCGUCGGACGGCGAGCGGCAGCCAGAGGACGAGCCCGAGCAGCCCCCGCCCCGGAGACACCCGCACGCCGACAAGCGGUCGCCGCCGCAGCAGCAUCGGCGGCCUCGGGCGGACCCGGAGCCAGAGAAGCAGGGCGACAGCGGCCCCGAGGAGGCCCCCGAGGAGAAGGCGAGGCCACCCACCCGCCCGGACCUGCCCUUAUCCCGGCCCUUGCCCCUCGCCCAGAGGGACAUUUGCUGGCGCCACGGGAAGGGGGCCGAGGAUUUACAGACUGCCGCAGGGGCGGGCGGGGGGCUGAGACCAUGUAAUUACUCCUUCCUCUAGUCCCCUCCCACAAGCCCCUAUUCUCUACCCCGUAUCUCUACUCCGCUCUCUGCCUCCCACCCCCCAAGCACACACCCUUCUUCUAGCCAGGAUCUUAAAGCUCAGGAAGGAGGUAGCUCUGCAAGGGUUAAACGGCCUUUUCGGUUUUUCCCUUUCUUUCCCCGCCCCCCGCCCCCCGCCCUCCAGUCCCUGAUUUUCCCACCUCUGUUCUCCUAAUUGGCUUUCCCCUCUUCUGUGCAGCCCUUUGGCUGCAGAGGCAAAGCACAAGCCCCUUGCCCAGUUGCACCUGAAUCCCUUCCCUACCCCCACCGCUGCUCUCUUAAAAGUAACUCUGGUGCUUCUGGGGGUUAAUUGCCCCAGUUUUCUGCCCAGGAGAAUUAAAAGUUCUCCCAACCUCCUCUCUUCCCCACCUUACCUCCCUCAGCCCCUCACCACCAACCUCCCGUUACACCUGAGGAAAACUACCUUUUCUCUCUAGCACAUGCAGUCUUCAAUUCUUCACUGAGCUAGCUUGCCCUAAGCCCAGCUUAGUCCACUCCAAAUUUUAUUGAUAACCUUCCCCACCCUUUUAUGUGAAAGAAAAGAUUUCCCACUGCCUAGGCAUUUGAGAAAAACCCAAUAAGCCUCUCCUGGGGAACUUUCUAACAAUUAGACCUUGAUCUCAAGGCCCUGACAACCCACCCUCAACAUUUUUUUUUCUACCCCCCCUGCCCCUACCAGUGCCACCAGGUCAAAAGCAAAAAGGAGACACUCUGAGCAAAGCUUAAGGUUGGGGUAGAGGUGGAGGGGCAAGAAAACUUUUGCUGUUGUUGGGCUUUCCAGGUAGAGUUCAGAGGCAGUGGCUCGCAGUCGUCAGUCCUGGGGGCAAUUUAUUUGCUACGUGGAAGGGAGGUAACAGGAGCCAGUGCGAACGAAGCCUCCCCCCAUCACACAGACACACCGUGGACCCCCUCAAACGAUCCCAUCCUCUGCAAAGACUCCGCCUGCCCCUACCGGUCUCUCUGCUUCCACCGGGCACAUGCUGAUGCCCCAGAGCGGGCUGCCCUGGUGGUGGUGGUGGUACUGCUGUGCCUGGUACCGCUGUGGACUGUGCCUCCCAGCCCCCCAGAUGCUGCGCCACCAGGGUCUCCUCAAGUGCCGCUGUCGCAUGCUCUUCAAUGACCUGAAGGUUCUCCUCCUGCGGCGCCCCCCUCCAGCGCCCCUGCCCAUGCACGGCGAACCCCAGCCCCCCGGCGUGGCAGCCAACAACACCCUUCCGGCUCUGGGUGCCGGGGGGCGGGCAGGCUGGAGGGGGCCUCGAGAAGGCGUGGGCAGGGAGACCCCUCCCCUGCCACCUUCAGCGGAAGAUGACUGGGGUGGCCCAGCCGCAGAGCCACCUGCCUUGCUGCUCAGCAGUGCCUCUUCAGAUGACUUCUGUAAGGGGAAGGCUGAGGAUCGCUACUCACUGGGCAGCAGCCUGGACAGUGGCAUGAGAACCCCGCUCUGCCGCAUCUGCUUCCAGGGGCCGGAACAGGGGGAGCUGCUGAGCCCGUGCCGCUGCGACGGCUCGGUCAAGUGCACGCACCAGCCUUGCCUCAUCAAGUGGAUCAGCGAGCGGGGCUGCUGGAGCUGCGAGCUGUGCUACUACAAGUACCACGUCAUCGCCAUCAGCACAAAGAACCCUCUGCAGUGGCAGGCCAUCUCUCUGACAGUCAUUGAGAAGGUUCAGAUCGCAGCUGCCAUCCUGGGUUCCCUCUUCCUCAUCGCCAGUAUCUCUUGGCUCAUCUGGUCGACCUUCAGCCCCUCAGCAAAAUGGCAGCGCCAAGACCUCCUCUUCCAGAUCUGCUACGGGAUGUAUGGAUUCAUGGAUGUGGUGUGCAUAGGCCUCAUCAUCCACGAGGGGCCCUCCGUGUACCGCAUCUUUAAACGGUGGCAGGCUGUCAACCAGCAAUGGAAAGUGCUGAACUACGACAAGACGAAAGACCUGGAGGAUCAAAAGGCAGGAGGCAGGACCAACGCCCGGAUGUCCUCGUCCACCCAGGCCAACGCGCCCCCUGCCGGAGAGGAGGCUGCGGGCACCCCUGCCCCUGAGGAAGGCCCCGCCCGGGCGGCCGGCCACCCCUCAGGCCCUCUGUCCGAUCACCACUGUGCUUACACCAUCCUGCACAUCUUGAGUCACUUAAGACCUCAUGAACAGCGGACCCCCCAGGGCGGCAGCCGAGAGCUGGUCAUGAGGGUCACGACGGUGUGAGAGGAGAGACCUGGGAGGGAGCUGUGACCACACACGCACGCACAAGAGCGAGGAGAGCAGGGGCCGGGGAGGGCCGCCCCUGACAGGACGCCAUCUGGGGAGCAGGUGUGGGGAGGCAUGGAGGCACCCCAGGGG